CUCUGCUUUCAAAAGGCUAUAGACACAUUUUGUACUAAGUGUGAGUAUUACAACUAUGAGCUUGAUACAAAGGACUGGGCUACAAUUGAGCUUGUAUUAUCUUGGCUUCAUCAUUUCCAACAUGUAACAACUACUAUGUCAGCUACAAAGAUUCCUACCUUAUCUUCAGUAUAUGGGUACUUUUUACACCUCCAGAACAGUCUCUACAAAGCAAUACAAGAGUUUCCUGCUACUGUACUACUACAACUAAAAGAUACACUAUGUGUAGCACACAAGAAACUUGCUAACUAUCUUACCUGGUUUGUUGCAUCACCUUAUUACUUAUGA